AUGCAGCGGGCCAGCGUGGAGCGCGAGAAGGAGCACGAUGUCUAUGUGGACGAUGUGACGGUGCUCAAGGCCGACAUCGGAGCCAUCAGUGAGGCGCUCCCUGUGCUGGAAGAGGCGACGGCUGGCGCCUUCGUGCAGACGGGCAGCGACGCCCGGCGCCUGGGUCUCUCGAAGAAGCAGGUGGAUCGGCUCCAGCAGGUGGUCUCCAAGAGCAAGAGCGCCACUGAGAGUGAGCGCCAGGCCAUGGCCUCCUUCUUGGCGACUGGCAAGACGGAGGACAUCUGUCCAGGUCUCGCGGUUCACGGGAACCUUGGACAGAACAAGAAGGAAUGA